CCCCUCUGUGAGUCAGUGCCCCACUGGAAUAUCUACAAUAAUAACAAUAACAGUAGUAAGGUUAGGACUUGCAAUAACACAGUUCUUAAUUCAUAACAACAUUGUUUCUGAAGCUUAUUUUAGUAUAUUUUGGUUUACAUCAAUUAAUCAAUUUAUUCACUUAAUUAUUUUGUUCUCUACUUUUCCUGCAAAGCUGCCACGACCCCCCUAGCACUCCCUUGCGACCCCUAAGAGGUCCCUGGCCCCCACUUUGAAAGCGUCUUCUUUAAAGGAUCUGAAACUUCCGAGUAUUAUCUGUAAGAGAUGGCUCCGGAUGUGUUACACUGACUAAGAAGCAUGAAGAGGCUAAGUGUUUACAACAGUGAUGUGUUUGCAGGUCCACAAACGCAACCACUUACCGGUACAGUCACCAUUGACUUAUGUGAUUCGUCAAUCUUUGAACCACCAGACAGACAGAUAGACAGAUCUAUCCACCUUGUAAUUACAAGCUUGGCAAUGGACUGCAUGUUUUACAUGAUAAUAUGAUUUAGCCUUUGGAACAGCGCAGAAUGGAUAUAUUCUUCUUCUUUUUGGUUGUGGAAGGACUGUGUGUCUCCGCUUGGCUGUCAAGGAAAUGCCUGGUGUUGGAUGAAGACAACCCGUAUCCAGAUUUUGCCAUUAACAAAAUGACCUGCCCUCGAAGUCAGCUUACAGCUACAUGCAACUGUAUGGAAGUUUCGAACUUGGCAUUGGAACUUUCCACAAUCCCCACUACCAUUCAAGUUCUAUGUUUGUGGGAUAGCUCUGGCAUAAAAAUUCCCCGCAAUGGACUUCACAAAUUCCGCCAUCUCCACAGUCUGUAUAUUUAUGGAUGUCUGUCUGCAAUUGACCCAGAGGCCUUCGGGGGACUAACACAUCUACAAGUGCUCUCCAUUUAUUCCUCACAGCAGUGUAAUGCAUCACUACCAUCUCAGGUAUUUAGUGACUUGUACAAUUUGGAGGAUCUGCAACUUAAAAACUAUGAACUACCACAGAUGGCAAUGUGUGAUUUGAAUGGCCUAAGUCGAAUGAAAAGACUUGAUAUCAAGGGCAGUGUCAACUUCACUGAUCUUUUCUGCAAAGUGUCUUGUUUUUCAACUACCCUAGAAUAUCUGAAUGUUGAAAUAGAGGAUGCUGGAGUUUUGAAAGCUUCAAAUUGCUCACAUGACCAAUACAAGUUUCCUGCUUUGAAGGACGUAAGGGUUUUAUUUAGGCACAUUGAGCAAAUUGAAAACAAUGCUUUUAUAUGUUUAAAGAACAUAACAUUCCUAAGUAUGCCAAUGGAUUAUGUAUUGCAGAGUCAAAUUUUAAACUCUGGGAUUCAACAAAUUGAUCAGAUGGACUUGCAUAUAACAGAGAUACAUAUGAAGUAUAUUUGUGAAAUUGUACGUCUUCUGUCUGUCAAAAAACUCUAUUUAGAUGUUCAGUCAUUUCAAGAAUAUUCUGAUUCAUCAUGGGAAAACUGUGCCACACUGGAAGAAAUUUCUCUUCACAGCGAGCUAUUGGCAGCUGAUCUCAGUUUCAUGCCCACUCUUAAAAAGCUAAAAACAUUUAGAGUUACUUUCAGUGAAUCUGGGACGGGCACAACUUUCAAAAAUGGAAAAUCCUUAGACUCUCUCUGCAAAACAAAUAUUUCCCUUCCAUUACUGAAGGAUUUCAGUUACAACUCUCCAGAGAAUUUGACUGUUAGUACCAAACAGUUUCUUUGUUCAAGUAACUUAGAGCGCCUGAAUGUUGCGGGGCAAAGCGUGGAAGUACAAGAGUCUGCAUUUGAAGGGCUUAUUCAUUUGAAGGACCUUUCUGUUUACAGAUCAAGAAUUUCAGGCCAUUUAACAAUUGAAAGCACAGCUUUUAAAGGACUAACUGGAUUACAUACUUUCAGUGCUUUUGGAUGUCUUGAUAGAUUAAAGCCAGAUUUGUUUUUUGGUGUAGAAAAUGUGGAAUACUUAAGCCUCAGACUAAGCCCAUGCUCAAUAUACACCCUACAACCUUUUGUUUUUUCAAACCUUCCACAGUUGAAAUAUUUGUACCUCAGUGGGGAUUGUAUUUCAGAAAUAAGGACCAACGCCUUUUCUGGACUACAGAACCUGGAAAACUUGACUAUAUCAUCCCAAAACCUGACACGUCUUGAGGCAUCCUGCUUUGCCCAUCUGCCUUCCCUCAGGGUUCUCAAUCUUCAAUACCUGAUGUUCUCCAGCCCUGAGCACUCUGGUAUGGAGCUCCUGAAUCUGACCUCAAUCUUUGGUGGGUUCCCUCGCCAUUUGUCUGAACUCACCCUUGCAUCCAGAUCUCGCCCCAUGACUCUGGUCAUUGCUGAUGACAGCAGCCCAGAGGUGGACCUGAGCCUCUCUCUUCAAGGCCAGAAGAUUGUGUUAUGGGGUUGUGACAAGCCUUUCCUAAAGUCAGUCACAAAACUGGACAUUUCAACUGAGGUCUUUGUUUGCGCACCCAAUGAUACUGCUCCUUUCUAUUUCUUGACAUCUGUGGUAGAGUUAAGUUUAUGUCAGUGGUUUGCAAGUACAGUUCACAAACUUGCUGUUCUAAACAGACUAGUUGAUUUAAAGCAUCUUCUCCUCAGAAAGGUUAAUUUCAUUAAUCUGCCAGACAUGGGUCUAAUGUUCAAAAACUUGACCAAACUGGAGCAAUUAAGUCUUUUUGAGUGUCAGGCAGAUGCUUUGGAGGUAGACCUUAUUCAGGACAUGACCUCUCUGAAGUACUUGUACCUGCACAUAGUAUCAACAGAAGUCAACAUAUCUCCAGAUUUCUUUGGGCAUCUAACCAACCUAAGGUUUACACUAAUCAAGAUUCAACUCCGCUGCACAUGUGACAACACCAGAUUUGUUUGGUGGGCAGAGCAGCAGCAGCAAGCGGAGGUGUACUUCUGGUCUAUCCUGGACAAACCAUUACAGUGCCUUUCAGGAGGUGGCCCACAAGACAUUCACCAGUAUGGCCAGGCCCACUGCAGUCUAGACGUGGGCUUCCUGAUGUUCGCCAGCACGUCAUGCCUUAUACUGCUCUUCAUGACAACUGUAGUGUUGCAUCAGAUGGCCAGAGAGUACCUGCUGGCCUUCUACCACAUUGCUCACGGCUGGAUGAAUGAGGCUUUGCGCGGGAGAAACACAGGACCACGCUACCAGUACGAUGCCUUCGUGUCGUACAGUGGCAGAGACGAGCGCUGGGUGGUGGAGAGAUUCCUUCCCAACCUGGAACAAAGGGGGCCCCCGUUCCUGCGACUCUGCCUGCACACCAGGGACUUUCAGCUGGGUAGGGACAUUGUGGAGAACAUCACGGACGGUCUUUACCGAAGCCGCCGCACCCUCUGCCUGGUCAGUCGCCACUUCCUGCGCAGCAACUGGUGCUCCCUUGAGAUGCGGCUGGGCACUUAUCGACUGCAGGCUGAACACAGAGACGUGCUCAUCCUGGUGUUUCUGGAGAAGAUCCCCUCUAACCUGCUGUCCGCUCACCACAGGUUGGCCCGACUGGUCAAGACCAGAACUUACAUGGAAUGGCCCCAGGACCCAGCACAACAACAGGCUUUCUGGGACAGACUAUGGAAAAAACUGUUGGAAGGCAGGGUGCAAUGAGUUGCCCAUUUUUAAGACAUACUGUUAAAUGCAAAUGUUUUUUUCAUAUGAAUUCAAUAUCAUCAAGCUCUAUAGAAAACAAAAAUGUGAUGAUGACCACGUCCAUGUGGUAGUUGAGUAUUUCCAGCAAAUAGUCUAUAGACCUGCCAGCG